CCAAAAUCAACUGUGUGCGACUGGCUUCCAAAGUGGUAAUAGGUAGGGGACAAAAUACCACGCCCUACAUACUUGUCAUUCCCAGUGAAGGUGCAUCUACCCAGAAUUCCAAUGACAUAGAGCCUGAAAAACAGGUGGACAGCACUGUAAAGAUGGCAGGCGUCAUUGCGGGAAUCCUCAUGUUUGUCAUCAUUCUCCUGGGCGUUCUUCUCACCUUCAAACGCAGAGAAAUCCACACCUGGAGAACUCUAAGUGUGGGAAGAAAUGCAUAUUCCUACUCUUAUUACCUGAAACUAGCUAAAAAACAGAAGGAAACGGCCAACAGCAGCACGCAGAGAGAGAUGGGGCCUGUAGGCACAGCAGAUAAAAGCACUGGAAAAGUCAGCACGUUACACAAGGACGAUCCGUUCUCCACCAGCAACCAGGACCUCAACGGAUUCUCCGCCUCUUCUCCAUGCUCCUUCUCCAUCCCGGGUAAAGCCCUCCAGAGUAAAACCCUCCUCAACUCCUACUACUCAGUUUCUAAGGAGCCGGUCCCUGCCACAGCAUCCAUAGAUGGCAGCCACAGUGAGAUGUCCCAGCCCUCGAUGACCAUCCAGACGUACCCAUAUGGAGGCUGUGAGUCGGUGGAGAUGUCCUACCAGGCCGGCCAGUUCCAACCGGCCAUCAGAGUGGCAGACUUGCUCCAACACAUCACCCAGAUGAAGUGUGGGCAGGGUUAUGGCUUUAAAGAGGAGUAUGAGGGUCUGGCCGAGGGACAAACGGCACCAUGGGAAACUGCCAAGAAGGAAGAAAACCGCAACAAGAAUCGCUACGGCAACAUCAUCGCUUACGAUCACACUCGUGUCCGACUGCAGCUGCUGGAGGGAGACCCCCACUCUGACUACAUAAACGCCAACUAUAUAGACGGCUACCACAGACCAAGGCACUACAUAGCCACACAAGGGCCCAUGCAGGAAACUGUGAGGGAUUUCUGGAGGAUGAUUUGGCAAGAGAAUUCUGCCAGUAUCGUCAUGGUAACCAACCUGGUGGAAGUGGGCAGGGUGAAAUGUGUCCGGUAUUGGCCUGAUGAGACCGAGCUGUAUGGAGACAUUAAAGUGACACUGAUUGAAACGGAGCCUCUUGCAGAAUAUGUGAUCAGGACUUUUACUGUUCAGAAGAAGGGUCACCAUGAAAUUCGAGAAAUCCGGCAGUUCCAUUUCACCAGCUGGCCUGAUCAUGGUGUUCCCUGCUACGCCACAGGCCUGCUGGGCUUCAUCCGCCAGGUCAAGUUCCUCAAUCCUCCAGACGCAGGACCCAUCGUGGUACACUGCAGUGCUGGUGCUGGAAGAACAGGCUGCUUCAUUGCAGUGGACAUUAUGUUGGACAUGGCCGAGAGUGAAGGUGUGGUGGACAUCUUCAACUGCAUCAGAGAGCUGCGCUCACAGAGAGUCAACAUGGUCCAGACGGAGGAGCAGUAUGUGUUUGUGCAUGAUGCCAUACUGGAAGCAUGUUUGUGUGGGAACACGGCUAUCCCAGUGUGUGAAUUCAGAGCCAUCUACUACAACAUCAGCAGACUGGACCCUCAGACCAACUCCAGCCAGAUCAAAGAUGAGUUUCAGACUCUGAAUAUAGUGACACCGCGUGUCCGUCCGGAGGACUGCAGCGUAGGUCUGCUCCCGCGUAACCACGAUAAGAACCGCAGCAUGGACGUCCUCGCGGUGGACCGCUGCCUGCCUUUCCUCAUUUCUGUUGAUGGCGAGUCCAGCAAUUACAUCAAUGCAGCACUGAUGGACAGCCACAAACAGCCGGCGGCGUUCAUCGUAACGCAGCACCCUCUGCCCAACACUGUGGCUGACUUCUGGAGGCUAGUGUUCGACUACAACUGCUCCACUAUUGUGAUGCUGAAUGAAAUGGAUGCUGCACAGCUCUGCAUGCAGUACUGGCCAGAAAAGGGCUCCUGCUGCUACGGCCCCAUUCAGGCUGAAUUCAUCUCCGCUGACAUUGACGAGGACAUUAUCAAUCGCAUUUUUAGGAUCUGCAACAUGGCACGGCCUCAAGACGGCUACCGUCUGGUCCAGCAUUUCCAGUUUAUUGGUUGGCCAGCGUACAGAGACACACCGCUUUCCAAACGCUCCAUUCUGCAGCUGGUCAGACGACUGGCCAAGUGGCAGGAGCAGUAUGAUGGAGGAGAUGGACGCACGGUGGUCCACUGUCUGACUGGUGGAGGACGCAGCGGGACGUUCUGUGCCAUCUGUAGCAUCUGUGAGAUGAUCCAACAGCAGAACAUCGUGGACGUGUUCCACACGGUAAAGACGCUGAGGAACAACAAAGCCAACAUGGUGGAGACAAUGGAGCAGUACAAAUUCUGUUACGAGGUGGCUCUGGAGAGCUUGAAUGCCUUCUGAACGUACGAAAGGUGAAGAAGG